UCGGGGCCCUCCCUCCCCGCCACCACCGUCCGCGCUCGGCCGGCCGCGGGGAAGGAAGAAAGGAGCAAAGGAGGCGGAGGCAUGGAUCCGCAGCCUCCUCCACCAGCCCAGGGCAGCCCACCUCACCGGGGCCGGGGCCGGGGACGUGGCCGAGGCCGUGGUAGAGGCCGAGGCCGUGGCAGGGGGGGCGCCGGAGCUCCUCGGGCGCCCCUGCCCUGCCCCACCUGUGGCCGCCUCUUCCGCUUCCCCUACUACCUCUCCCGGCACCGGCUGAGCCACUCGGGCCUGCGGCCCCACGCCUGCCCCCUGUGCCCCAAGGCCUUCCGCCGGCCUGCCCACCUCUCGCGCCACCUGCGUGGCCACGGGCCGCAGCCCCCGCUGCGCUGCGCCGCCUGCCCCCGCACCUUCCCUGAGCCUGCCCAGCUCAGGCGCCACCUGGCCCAGGAGCACGCGGGCGGCGGGGUCGAGCUGGCCAUCGAGAGGGCAGCCAAGGAGGCGGCCGGGUCCGGCUGGAGCCCGCAGGACAAGGGCGCCGAGCAGCCCACCUCUGCAGCAGCGGGCGCCGCGGAGGAGGAGGCGGCGGCGGCGGCGCGGCCCGAGACGUGGUCCGCGGGGGAGCCGGCCACGCUGGUGGCCGCCACGAGCGCGGAGCCCCGCGAGUCGGAGGAGGAGGAGGCCGAGGCCGGGGCGGCGGAGCUGAGGGCCGAGCUGGCGCUGGCGGCCGGACGGCAGGAGGAGAAGCAGGUCCUGCUCCAGGCCGACUGGACGCUGCUGUGCCUCCGCUGCCGUGAAGCUUUCGCCACCAAGGGCGAGCUCAAAGCGCACCCGUGCCUGCGCCCCGAGGGCGAACAGGAGGGCGAAGGGGGGCCCCCACCCCGCCCCAAGCGCCACCAGUGCUCCAUCUGCCUCAAGGCCUUCGCCAGGCCCUGGUCGCUGUCCCGCCACCGGCUGGUCCACUCCACCGACCGCCCCUUCGUGUGCACGGACUGCGGCCUGGCCUUCCGCCUCGCCUCCUACCUCCGCCAGCACCGUCGCGUCCACGGCGCGCUCAGCCUCCUGGCCCCGCUGCCCGCGGCGGGCAAGAAGGACGACAAGGUGUCGGGCGGACGGACCUCAGGGAAGGGGCCCGAGGGGGGCGAAGGGGCAGAGUGCGGGGGCGCCUCGGAGGGUGGAGAAGGCGGGCAGAACGGAGGGGAUGCCGCCCCGGCCCGGCCCCCCGCCGGGGAGCCCCGAUUCUGGUGCCCCGAGUGCGGCAAAGGCUUCCGGCGCCGUGCGCACCUGAGGCAGCACGGGGUGACCCACUCCGGGGCGCGGCCCUUCCAGUGCGUGCGCUGCCAGCGGGAGUUCAAGCGGCUGGCCGACCUGGCCCGCCACGCGCAGGUCCACGCGGGCGGCCCGGCCCCGCACCCGUGCCCGCACUGCUCGCGGCGCUUCUCGCGCGCCUACAGCCUCCUGCGCCACCAACGCUGCCACCGCGCGGAGCUGGAGAGGGCCGCCGCCGCGCAGCAGGCGCUCCAGGCCCAGGCCCCGCCGUCGCCCCCGCCGCCCCCGCCGCCCCCCGCCGGCCAGGAGGAGGAAGGGCUCUCGCUGCCCAUUGCACGCAUCAAGGAGGAGCCGCCCUCCCCGGGGACCCCACCUCAGCCGCCGCCGGCACCCCCCGUCUUCCUCAGCGCCUCCUGUUUUGACAGCCAGGACCACUCAGCCUUCGAGAUGGAGGAAGAAGAGAUUGACAGCAAGGCUCACCUGCGCGGAUUGGGGGGCCUGGCCUCCUGACCCGCACACCCAUCCUCAGCCCCUCCGUUUGGCCCCCGGUUUGCAACAUGGAGGAGGGAAGUUGAAGGAGAGGAACCUCCUCUGUGUACCCACCCCUCCCCUUCUAGCCCUCGACACUAAGGAGGGAGGAGGCUGGGCCGCCCCUCCCUCCCCAUCGCCCACCCCCAGACUCCCCUGAUGCUGGUUAGAAACUGCUCACCCCACUUCUGAAGGCAGGACGCUGAUUCAGGAGGUGGAGGACACUGGCCAGAGGGGUGGACACUGAGGGGGGUGGGCCCCGGCCUGGCUGUCCCCCGUGACACACACUGGACACCAUCACCUCUUUGGAGCUGCCAGACCCUGGGGGGGGGUCCCCAGUGAGCAAAGGUCUGUCCCUGUCCCUUUGUCUGUCUGUGAAUAAAUGUGAGUUCGUGGAACUGGAGAGAGUGGGGCUGUCUGUGGGAGUGAGGGCUGGCUGAGGGCGUCUGGGUGAGCAGGGAUGUGUCCACCAGGCUCGGAGCUUGGGUUCAGAGCGGGAAGGAUGCAGAUAAGCACGUCAGGGACCAUGGGGCUCUCAGCCAAGCAGGAAACUCACAAGAAACAGGAGUGGAAGAAGGCAAGCUGCCAUCUGCCCUGGGCAUCUUCAGGGAUCCCUACGUGGAGUCCCUGCUCGCGUUCGUUCAUCAUUUACCAGGCGCAGUGCUAGGCCCCGAGGAGAGCCGCACUAUGAGAAGCUGGAACUGUAGCUCUGCACAGCCUGAUACGGUUUAGCCACCA